CACCACAGCGCGCAGCCUUGCAAGCCAUACAGCGCACAACGCACACGGCGCACGGCACACGCAGCGCCGCGCAGCCCGCUCAUCGCAGCCCACCCUCGCCGCGAUGCCCGACCUCGUCCUGCCCGGCGCACUGCACCACGCACACGUCCAUCUCGACAAGUGCUACCUGCUCGACGCAUGCUGCUCGCUGGGCGAUGGCACGUUCGACGAGGCCCUGAAGAAGACCAGCGCCGCCAAGGCGCACUUCACACAGGCCGACGUCGAGGCGCGAGGAGCGCGAUUCAUCGCCGCGGCACUGGCACAUGGCGUAGUCGGCAUGCGUGCACACGUCGAGGUGGAUCCUACCGUCUCUCAUCUCUGUCUCCAGGCCGGUCUUUCCCUCCGACAGCGCUUCGCCUCGCGCUGCGCCGUUGUUCUCUGUGCCUUUGCACAGGACGCCCUCUUCUACCCCGACGCCGCAUACGAGGCGCACAUGCAUGAGCUGCUGCGCAGCGCCGCGUCGCACGAGGGAGUCGGCGCCGUCGGAUGCGCCCCUUAUGUCGAGGCGUCGCGCCACAACUCCCUCCGAGCACUCCAAUUCAUCUUCGAUCUCGCGCAAGAGUUCGGCAGGGAUGUGGAUCUGCACAUCGACUAUACGCUGGAUCCCGCCUCGCCUCUACUCUGGGACGCCUUGGCGAUGCUCAAGCAGCACACCUGGCUCGUCCACGGCCGCACGAGACGACUGACGCUGGGCCACGCCACGGUUAUUUCGACGUUUGCAGAGCAGGAUCUCGAUCGUCUGGCGCGAGAAUGCAAGGGCGAAGAAGUCGCCUUUGUAGCGUUGCCACACUCGGAUCUGUACAUGCAAGGACGAGACGUGGAGUAUUCGAGGAGAUCAAGAGCAACAUUGCCGGCGCUGGACUUGGCAAGGAGAGGCGUGAGAGUGGCGGUGGAUGUCAACAAUGUGGGCAACCUGUUCACGCCGCAAGGAGAUGGUGAUCCACUUGCGCUGCUGCCGAUGCUGGUGGGCGUGUAUCAGGACGCAACGCCCGACUCUCUCGAGCUACUUCUCCAAAUGGUCACCACAAAUGCCGCCUACGCAGCCGGCUUCCCAUCUCCUGCCUCUCCUCUUGAGCCUCGCGCCAUCGACUUGGCCGCGGAGCUAGGCGCCGAAGGGACUGCGACGCUCUUGCAUGACUGUGCGUCGGUGCAAGAAGCGGUUCUGGCGCCGCCGCAUGGAAGAACGGCAUGGAGAAACGGGAGGAAGGUCGCGGAGAGGAAAGUGGAGAGUUGGGUUGCUGAGGAAGAUCAAUGAGAUGGUGCUUCUGGC